UAUGGGAGGUGAUCAUGGCCACAGCAAGAUGUCCAUGCCAGACUGGCAGCAAUGGAAGACAAAGGGCACUCCACUGGAGUUUACACAGCAAAGACUGGCAGCCAGGGGCCUCAAUGACCCGUGGGCCCGAAAUGAGGCAUGGAGGUAUGCGGGUGGCUUUGCGCGUGCUGUGACUCUGUCUGACGUACUGCUGAGAGGAUUCAAGUGGGGCUUUGCUGCCUUUACUGUUGCUCUGGCUGUUGAGUAUGCCCUGUUUCCACCAAAGAAGGGUUCCCACUAAUGCACAUUGUAAUCCCCACUCUUGUCCCCAAUACACCGUCUUUGAUUCCAGUGCUAUUCUGAAUUCAUUUAUUAACUAAAAGUCUCUUUGCUCACUA